AUGGCUAUUCUGAGUUACCAAACAGACUUAUCAAUGCAAGAAUCUUUCCUGCGAAGCAAAGCACGUGUUCGUUGGGUAAUUGAAGGGGAUAGAAAUACAACUUUCUUGCAUAAUCUGGUGAAGAUACGUCGCGUUCAUAAAUCUCUAACUUCAAUCAAAGUUGGUUCCAAAGUUUUUCAUGGCCAAGAUCAGAUUGCCCAACAAGUGGUGCACCAUUUUGAGACUCUGUUCAUAAGGGACUCUACCAUUAAUGACACGGGGUUAGUUAAUCGCAUAAUUCCUGUCCUAGUAACAGAGGCAGAGAAUUUGAGUCUAACGGCUAGGCCUACAGUGGAGGAGAUCCAUGAGGCAGUUUUGAAUUUAGAUGGUUCCAGUGCGCCAGGUCCUGAUGGUUUCGGGGGUAUCUUUUUUCAGCAAUGUUGGGAGGUGGUAGCUUUAGAUGUAAUUGCUGCGGUAAAUAGUUUUUUUGACAAUGGCUUCAUUCUUCCACAUUUCAAUUCAAGCCUAAUCAUUCUUGUUCCCAAGAAGGAUGAGGCUGAUAGUAUCUCAAAUUUUAGUCCCAUUGCACUGGCAAAUUUCACCUUCAAGGUGAUCACAAAAAUCUUGGCUAACAGGCUUGGUUUGGUUGCUUCCAGAAUUGUUUCCUCCAAUCAAAGUGGCUUUAUAAAGGGUCGUUCAAUUGCUGAUCCUAUUAUUCUUACUUCGGAAUGUGUGAACCUUCUUGACAGGAAAAAUAAAUGGGAAUUCUACAGUCUACUUGGUUGUCAAUUCAACUCAAUGGUACCUCAUGUGGCUUUUUCCAAUGCUCUCGGGGAGUUAGGCAAGGAGAUCCACUUUCUCCUCUUCUAUUUUGUUAGCGGAAGAGGCAACCCUUGUAGUCUUUGCGCUCUUAUGAAAUUUUUGGAAGAAUAUGCAAUUAACUCAGGCCAGGUAGUGAGCAAGAGUAAGUCCUCUGUUUUUCUGGGAAAGUAUGCUCAGCGUCGCAAAGUUUUUAUUCAGCAUGUUUUGGGCAUCAGAGAAGGUUCAUUGCCUUUUACUUAUCUUGGAGUCCCUAUAUUUAAAGGGUGCCCAAAGCCGUCCUACUUCAGAGCCAUUGUAGAUAAAGUCAGAUGCAAGCUUUCUUCUUGGAAAGUGUUGCCUCUGGAGAAUGGGGUGGACCGAGUCAUUUGGCCACCUAAUGCGGCUGGAGUUUUAACUCCAAAGGAAGCUUUUGAUUUCAUUUCGCCCCCUAAGACAAAGGAUUUGGGAGGAUUUUUAGAGAUCAUGAGGGUCAGUUUUGAGGUGCUUUUGCCCAAAAAGUGGAAGCUCCGUGUGCAGUGGAUGCAGAAGUGUUGGCAGUUAUCCAAGCUAUGA